CUGCUCGAGAAGCACCCGCGGCACGCGUCUUUCCAGAAGCUGGCAACUCGAGUUGCAGGUGAUGGCCCCCAAGGGCAAAGCAAAGAUGACCCCCGCCCAGAAGAAGCAACGGGCGAAAGAGCGCCGCGACAACCCUGACAUCAGGGCACACGAGAACGAGAUGCAGAGGCUGAGGACCCAGAUGAAGGCCAGCAAGGCCGCUGUGCGCAAAGAGUUCAAGGGCCUCUACGGGCCUGCGAGGAAGGAGUUCGUCAAGGUGUGGCGCGAGACAGGGAACUUCAACCACGCGCAGUGCAACAAGAUCGAGCGCACUGACAAAGAAACGAGAGACCAGUGGACUUCCGUGUGGAGGAACUUCGAUCAGCUCUUGACGGAUUUCGGUUGGGAGCCCAGCAUCGCGGACACCGACUACGGGAAAAGGGCGUAUGCGCGGGCCGAAGCCGUGCGCGACAACUGCAAGAAAAUGAAACGGACUCACGUGAAGGUGGACCCCCAGACUGGCGAUGAGAUCUAUCGGCGCCUGACCGAGACGAACGCGGACACCCAGGCCAAGCUCAAGAGGAUUGAGACGUCCAUCAGCAAGGACAAGGCCAUCCCUGCUGGUACCAAGACGCAGGUGGCCGCUGCCAAAGCCGAGCCCAUGUCGGAGACGGACCUCGAGGGCAGCGAGUACAGCUACUCCCCAUCGAGCGAGGAGGAGGACCCCGCUGGAACUGCGUCAACGCAGGCUGGCACCGCCUCCGCGUCGACGAGCGGGGUCGAUCCCGUGCUCUCGAAGGCCCUUGCCGAUUCGUUGCACAUCUGGACCUUGUUCGAUGGGCUCUGCGUC